UUUCAAAAGAGAGAUUCACUAGUCACAGAAAAAAAAAAGUGAAUAAAAGAGCAAAACCAAUAUCUAAAAGAAAGUGAUCAUCUUUUACUUUUUGUUUUUAUUCCUUUUUGACCCACAAAAUUCUUAAUCGUUUUAUUCAAUAAACUGAGAAACGAAAUGAUUGUUGUACAGUAUAUAUAAACUGCAAAUUUCGUAUAAAGUAAAGUUUCUGAGAGAUUGAUUAAAAUAUUUAUUUGAUUACAGAUCUGCUCUGCUGCUAUAGAAUUGCGGAUUCUAGUGCAAAUAGAAGGGAAGUUGUCGGCGAAAGGUAAGGUAUCCGAUGUUCCUUAUAUAUAUUCAAGUAGAUCUGUUUUACUCUCACUGACUAUUUUCUCAGUGAAACAAAAAAAAAAAAAAAUACUCUUCUACGAUUUAGUGGAUUUUGUGGUUCUUGUCUUCAGGUCACAUUUUAUUAUUGACAAGAUGAUUCAAAUGGACGGUGGAGAUAGGCUGAGAGUGACGUUAUUAGAUCGAAUGUCAACAGUGGAGAAUGGCCGGAGCUCAGUGACUUUAGAAGAUAUUCUGAUGGCUGAAACGAGCAGUUUCCGAUCUCUUACUACGCCGACAACUCCGGUGAGGAAUCACUCUAGUAGUAGUUUACUUGACGUGAUGAGAAGAGAGCGUCGCCGUGAUAAAACCGCUUGGAAAUCUCUCCGGGAUAAGCUCCGUCUUAAACGCACCGCUACUGGUUGGAUCUCGUCUAAUCCUAUCCCUACCUUGGAUAAUCAUAUUCUUACUCCGGAUAACGACAGCCACCGAUUUAACCGCCUUGGAUUCCUCCUCACUAACUCGGAGACAAACCGGAGCAGUCGUGACGUCAGCGACGCAGCAGAGGAAGCGGCGGAGCGAGAAGGAAGGCUCCGGCUAGGCACCGUGUUGGCGGCGGAGAGAGAGGAAAUGCAGCCACCGAGGAUGUCUCUAAUGGAGUUGUUGGAGGAUAAUGAUGGACAUAUGUAUGAACUCAGCGCGCGAGACGAGGUGGAAGUGGAGGGAAGAGAUGGCUGCGACGGGGGAGGAGAGGCGGUGGCGGUGACGGGGGCAGCGGAGUUGGGUUGUUGCGUGUGUAUGGUAAGGAGUAAAGGUGCGGCUUUUAUACCUUGCGGACAUACGUUUUGUAGAUUGUGUUCGAGAGAGCUUUGGGUACAGAGAGGAAACUGUCCACUAUGUAACACUGCCAUUUUACAAGUUCUUGAUAUUUUCUAGGUUAGCUUCUUUUGCAAUUUUAUAUCAUUUAAAGUGUACUUUUCUUCACUUGUUUGUUUGUGAAUCUCAAACAAUGAACCUUCACAACAAUGCUUAAUCAAAGGCCAAAACCCAAAAAUGAGACUAAGU